AUGCACCACAUAACUCACAAAGACAACCAGAGUCCCCAGAAUCAAGGUACUAGGGAAGAACUGAAAAGGUUGGAAGACGGUGACACCUGCGACGGCCACCAACAGAAAAUCCGACAGAGGAGGAGGCACCGUCAUCAGGUUGAAAUGUUGGAAAGAAAAAUUAAGAGGCUGUCAAAUGGCAUGUUUCAUGUAAUGAUGGAGAAAGAUUAUGGAUGGACUGAAACUGUAGUCUACUUACUCUCUUCUUUUACAAGACACCAACUCGAAUCAAAAGGAGCAAGAUCAAGCUCUUGCCAUUUCCUUUGGUUUGUUGCUGCUAUGGAUGAUGCUUCAAGUCCUUCUUUCCCUGUUCGCUACAAGAAAUUGUCGAUCAAUAUCAAGGAAAGUAAGAUCGAUAUAGUCAUUUGUAGCCACGAUGAUCAUUUUUUGGUUAUCGCUACUCAAAUUGGGACUAUGGGAACUAUAAUGCAUGCAAGGAAGGAGGAAGGGAUGCUGAAUAAUCCUACUUUCAAUGUAUCUGUGAUAUUUGGUAAACGAGAUGAGCCUAUGCUAGUGGCAUGUGCACGCCAGCUUAUUGAACAUAUAAGUAGUUCUGGCUCUUCAAAACCAUUGACGCUUUCACUUGGUCUCAAGGACCAUUCCAUGGAGACUCUCAAAGGAAUCGUUUCUGCUGUGAUUGAGAACAGAUUGUGGUAUUGUUUGGUACGCAGUAAUAACAUUAUGGUUAUUUACCGCAUGAAAAUGGAAUUCCAGUGCAUAGGUGAGGAACGUUUUUUUUUUCAUUCCUCAACGGAAAUGGAUUGA